AUGGGUCUUGCGUACAACGUCUAUCUUACUUCCAAUAAGAUCUUUGGAUGCAAGAAAUGCAAAACACAUCUUGCUGAUUACAACGAUAUCAUUAGCCGCAACUUCCGUGGCCAACAUGGAAAAGCGUACCUGUUCAACACUGUCGUUAACGUAACCCACUCCGAGCCUGUCGACCGUAACAUGACUACGGGCAGACAUAUUGUUCGGGACAUCUUCUGCAGGCAAUGCACCGAACUAGUAGGAUGGAAGUACGACAAGGCGCACGAGACAAGCGAGAAAUACAAGGAAGGGAAGUUCAUUCUGGAGGAAGAACUGCUGUGCGUGAUCGGGGCGCCUCUUGUCAUGAAGGAUCCUCGGUCCGGAACAGAGGAUGCUUCCAAACGAACCAUGGAGACGAUUCUCAGCAGGCAGUGGGAAUCGUGA